UAUUUUUGUUUUUGAUUAAUUAUGAGUUUAAUGUCAAAGUUAUUUUGACAAGAAGAUCGAAGGUUGGUAGGUGGGAAAGCUAUAGGAUGAGGAACGGCAGGAUGCGGGGUUGUCCACCUGAUGACCUUGCCGUUGAAAAAAAUCCUGGAAUGGCCGGCAGCGAGCUCGGAACUGGCGGUGUGAGCCAUCUGAGAGAGCCAGUUCAGUCGUAGAACGCGCGAGACUAGGACUAAUCCUAAUAAACGCCGACGUUGUCACACUGUGCUCGGAUAAACGAGCACACGACGAGCUCUUAACGAUACUAUUUCAUUCUUUUAUAUAGUCUUUCAGUUAAUCGAGAAAUUACGGUUCGAUGAGUCGUCUCGUUUGCCGAUACCCAUGAGGUGAAAUCAAAUCUUACGAAUACCGAGAGAGAGAGAGAGAGAGAGAAAGAGAGAACCAGAUCCAAAGUUGAAGAAGACAACUUUACGUGAGAGUAAAACGAGAAAUAAAAAGAAAUGGGAAUAUCACCGAUCUGGAUCUUAUUAUUGCAACUGUCAUCCGUUCUCGCACAUUCGUAUCAAGAAACAGAUUUCGAUGGUUGGUAUCAACCGGUUGCACGUCGACCAGUCGACGUUGUUACCGAUAUUGUUAACGAUCUUGGUGUGAGGAUACUUCAACAAUACAAUAAUAUUGGAAACGUUGCAUUUUCACCGAUCGGUGUUGCAUUUGUUCUUGCUGCCCUUUACGAAGGAUCAGCUGGUGGUGGAAGUCGUCAGAUAGCAGAAGCAUUGGCUUUGCCACACGAACGGGAUAUCACAAGAAUUGGUUUUCGUGAUAUUCAUCGUCGAUUGAGAACUUACCUGAACGCCGAUGGUUUUUUGGGUGGUUUAACGUUAAACAAAGAAAAUACUAAACUUCGAACAGAAUACGAAGACAUUUUACGAUUUUACGGGUUCAAUCUAUCUGACACGGAUGAGAAUGAAUUAAACGAUACUACGACAACUACAAAUGCACCACCUACCACUGAAUCAUUAUCAGAAGAUUCGACUAAACCAACGACAAUAAUAAUCGACGUUAGUCAACCCUCAGUUUCCUCCCCAGUUAUCACAGAGUCUACAGAGUUACCCGUAACUUCAACGAUAUCUUCUAUGACCGAAACAUUUGGAACUACAAUCGAUGAUAAAAUGGUAUCGGAAAAUCUAACGCAAAUGUCUAAUAUUACUACUACUGCUGAGAUUUCAAACGUGACCGAGUCUAAUACCCUUCCGACAACUGUAUCCGACGUAAACUUGGAAACUAUGUCUCCAAAUUCACCAGUUUCUAUACAAUUACCAACUGUUACAACGCAGUCGGAGACAAUGCAAAGUACGAUGGCUGUUGGCCAAACAACUAUCGAAGAUACGAGUACAAUUAUACCGGAUAUUUCUGAUAGUAUGAGUACAACUACUACGACUAUGACUGAAUCUCAGACAACGGUUAACACUGCAACUACGAAUUCGAUGCAAAAUAUGGGAAACACAACGAUGAUGAUGAUGAUGAUGCCAACAACGAGUACUUUAACUGUUACUACGAUAAUUGCACCAAUAACAUCUUUGGAUAUGCAAGGUAGUUCAAUGGAUUCGACCAGUGGUCAGACAGAGGCAAUGACCUUGCCUAUGGAUACGUCUACACCUAUCCAAACGAAUAUAACAACGACUUCGGUUUCCGUAACGGCGAACAUGCCGAGUAAUCUCGAGGUCGUACCUCCCACCGAUGAAAGUACCGUUUCGACAAAUCAGCCGACAACGAGUGGACCAAUUACUAUGCCCGGUAUUGUGGACCUUGGAUCUACGAAUUCUAUGAACCAGGAUGGACAAGAAACUACCACCACUGUUCCAGUUACGUUAACUGAUGCCUCAGGGAAUCGGCUUCGCAAACGAAGUACUAGAAAUUCACGUGGAUACUUCUCCAGUUAUCCAGACGAGGGUAUUUGGAUGCAGGACCUUGGCAUUUGGAAAACCAAUCCGAUCGUUAAAAAUGAAGCUUCCGUUAGGGAUUCUACCGAAAUAUCAUUUUUGGUGAAUGGUUGCGAUGUAUCCUCGGUAAUGGCCACCAGAUACGUUGCUGUUCUACCUUUUGCGUACUUUCCAUCGUUGCAAGCUGUUGCUGUUGAAUUUCCUUUAGACGAUCCGAGAUACAACAUUCUUCUUCUUAUGCCGACGGAUAGAACAGAUACGCAUCGUCUUGCGAGAAAUCUCGGCGGGAAGUCAUUGAGAUGGUUACGGAAGCAAUUGCAACCAGCUUGGGUCAGGGCUACCAUACCUUCCUUCAUGUUACGAGGUUUUGUCACCCUUACGCCUUUCCUUCAAAGACUUGGAAUAACCGAUGUUUUCGAGCCAAGAGUUGCCGAUUUAUCACCAAUGACUCCAGAUUUAGGUGUCUACGUUAGAGACGUCCAACAAAGCAUAGGUGUUAAUAUAAGGAAUUACAUGAAACCGGACAGGACCCACUCUCGUGAGUCAACUAAUAUCGAAUCAGAGAUUCCCAUCGUACAACCUCGUCGGGAUUCUUACCGUUUUCUACUUCAUCCAGGAAAUGGUUUGUUCGAACGUGCCGGACCAGUGCCUUUUACGGUGGUUCAUCCUUUUCUUUAUUUUAUCAUCGAUACUGAAACAUCUGUAACAUUGAUUGCCGGUCGUGUUGAUGAUCCUCUUAAUUCAAGAAUUAUUUAAAAUAACAUAAAAUAAUUAAUUUUAACAUGAAAUGACGAAAACGAGUUAUGUUCAAAAUGAACAAACAGAAAAAAAACACUCCAAAGUAAUAAUAGACGUAUA